UGGACUCCGACAAACCGGACAAGAAUUAUGCAACUUGAGCCACGGGUCGAUGCAUUCGGUGUGGAAGCAAUGUUCACAUUCGGUGAAGAGGAGAAGGAUUUGUAUACCAGAAAUACUUAAAGCUUUGUGUGACUCUGAGAUAAUGCACUGUGAAGGAAUCAGCAGAGAAGCUGCUGGGAGAUUCUUAUGGAAACAAUGUCACCGUCUGUUCUUGCUUUCAUUGUGUGGUACUUCACAAGUAUUCCUGCAAUUUAAAAUAUCAACUGCAUGGGGUGCGAUAACUGCUUCAGGUUGGGAAUCAUCUGCCUCUCCGGUCCAAGACUUGAGGUUGAGAAUACCUACAGAGAUUUCAUGUGGAAAUGUAUGAGACAGAGGAAAAUGUUUAGAAUCAAGAAUUUUGAAAAAUCACUUACCUCAGCCAUAUUCUUUGUAACUUCACUCUCUUCAAUUCCUAGUUGGUUAAGCAUGAACUCCGCUAAUAACAAAGAGGCAGCAAACAAAUUAAGAAGUUU